UCAGCUGCAAUAUAAUAUUAAAAUUUAAUAAAUAAUGCUAUGUGUCAUUUAAAUUAUUAACUAUAUUAAGAAAAUCAUAAAUAAAAGCGACCUACAAUGUUUGUCCAACCCACACAAUCAUGUCUCUCUACUGACCACACGCACUAUACAAGUCACCCGCCCUCCCCGCUGUCAAACUGCACUAAGUUAAUAUCACUUAAAGCAGUCCUGAGAAAUAACACCGCCCAACACGGACGGAGCUGAUGUAAAAAAAGAAAAAAGAAAAAAAAGUGUUUUAUUGAUAUUGAUAUCAUUUAUUUAUUUAUUACAGUGGCCUUAACAUAAAAUCCGCGGUCAGCUCCUCAUUAUGGUGUUUCACCAAAUGACUAAACACCGCUGCGUAUUAAAGAAGGAAAUCCCAUCAUCGCAGCCAGCAGCGAUCAUUAAUGUGCGUUUGGUUUGCAGAGAUAAAUGUCCCGGAAUCGCUCUCAAACGCCGAACUGCAAAAGUUCAACUGCAUGGUAUAAACCUGAACCAUCCGUGGGGCUAUAUGAGUGGAUUGGGCGUUAAAAAAAAACAAACAAUAUUUUUCCUUGCCCCCCUUCUUCUUCUUCUUUUUGCAACAUAAAUAUCCUCAAACCCUAACCUGCAGCAGUAAUAAAUCACCCGAAAACCCUUCGUUUUACUCGUGUUCGUGUUUUUAAUCGAAAGAAAUAACUUUGACACAAAGAGACACAAAUUGGAGAAAAACACGUAUUUAUUGCAAAUAAAACACUCCAAACUGCGCUUCCGUGACAUAAACACUCAUCUCUCAUAACUCUUCUUUGUCUCUUAUUCGGGAAAUAAUGUGAAAAGCUUUCGAAAAAUGUUUAAAAAACUGUUAUUUUUCUCCCCCUCCCCUUUACAUUUUCCUAUUAAAUGCUACUGUAAGUCCCAAGUAAGCUGCGUCGAGCGAAGUAGUAAUGGCGCAAAGGCUCUCGUUGAGGAAAAGGAGGUCAACAACGACAGCAAUAUUUCUUCUUCCAUUUUGUGAGAAUGCCUUCUUCAUGAAAGAAAGUCCCCCUCAAAUGUCUCCUCCCGCCUCCCAGUUCGCUUUGCUACGCGACAAAUAUGUCUAGAAAGCCGGCGAUCUUGACUAAAUAUUUCCCCGAUUGAUUCCUAUUGCACUAGCCGCCUUGUAUAGUAAUACAUUGGGUCUGUACUGUGUCUAUGAGCGGGCUGUGCUACUGACUUGGUUUCUAUGAGCUCCUAAUGGCCGCUCGUCUUCAUCCACUAACAUGGAGAAUAUGGCUCCUUCUCUUUGUGUCAACGCUCAGCCAUUGCACUGCACGCAAUAGAGGGCAGAGCGACCGCGGCCACCACUUCAUUUCAAGCCCCGAUUUAAACGUUUUCCGAGCAUCGGAAAAAUCUCUCCUUGGUGUCGUUCGAAUCACGAAAGAUUGAAUUUUCUUUUGCCGUCGUCACAUCUCAUAGUUACGAGUUUGUUUCUCGAGAAAACACGGUUAGAAAAAGUUGAACUGAACUGCGCCCCUGUCACUGGCUUCCCAUUUGCCUCGCUGCCUUGUUUCCUAUGCGAAUACAGUCAGCCAUUACAGUAAAGCGCAGAUCGUGAGGUUUUUAUAAAUUUUGAUGCUCGUCUCCAGACUCCGCACGCUCCUCCGGUCUUCGCAUGACAGCCGUUCAGCUUUGCAAUGCACUGCAAUGCCAAUGGCUAGCUAACGCCCAGCAAACACCUGCUCCUAAAGCUCACACGAUAAUCAUGGACUCUAACAAAGUGGUGGAAAACAUAUACCUCCUGGUCAUCGUCACUCUUGUCAGCGUGCUUCAGAAUGCUUUUUUCGCACAGAAGGUGGAGAGGGAAUGCAAGAACCAUAAUACCCGCACAUCAGCUUUUGAGCGAGUGUCUUGUGCCAAUCGCAACUGCAUGGAUGCUUACCCCACUUUCUUGGCAGUAAUGUGGUGUGCUGGUCUGUGUCUCAGUCAAGCUCCCGCUGCUUUCGCUGGGAUCAUCUAUCUCGUCGUCAGGCAGAAGUACUUUGUUGGAUACUUGGGACAAACCUCUCAAAGCACCCCAGGUUACCUGUUUGGAAAACGGGUCAUCACCUUCCUUUCCCUGAUGUGUGUCAUUGGCAUUGCCAACUACCUGCUGGUGCGCUUCUACGGCAGCGACUAUAAAGAAUACGUGGAAACCAUCACUAACGCUGCAACUGCUCUUCUGCUUAUCCCUUAAAUGAGUUUGUGUCAUUUAACCUUUCCACAUGAAUAAUUUAGCUCCUGGAUUUCUGUUGCAUUAAAAAACACUG